AUGUAUCACUGCGAGAGCAGCAGCCUCUUGCUCGUACUCUCCCUCCUCCUGGCCUGUCUGGAGAUCUGCGGGUCGCCAUCGCACAGGCCCGAAUCGAGGAGGCAGAAAGAAUUUCAGCUGUCCGAUCUGAUCCCCGAGUUAAGAACUUAUCCUGAGCUGAUGCCUUGUGAAGAGGAGGAGCAGACGAGGAGCAGACGACCAAGGCACAUCCCAGACGAGAUCAGGUUGGGCUCCAAACGCGGAGACAAGGAGAAAGAGGAGGAGGAGGAGGAGGAGGAGGAGGAGGAUGUUCCUUGGAGUCAAUUGCUCAAGGACUCGAGACGUGCACAACUCCUGAGCUCCUCCUUCAUAGAGAUGCAGGCAGGUCUACAGCAAGGCAACGAGACGGAGGAUGAAGAGGCUUCGGAGCUUGCUGCUGUCGAGGCGCAGCAGGGGGAUGGAGACAGGUCAAGGGUGAAGAGCAAGUUUCUGUCACACAGAGCAGAGCAGAUCGUCUUGCGAUCUGUGGCGAAUCACAAAGAAUCUCCGAGGGCGUUCAUCAGCGCCCUGUCUUCGCUCGCUCCCGGGCUGUUGGAGGCCAUGGACAAGAACCUGGACGUGACGUUGGAGGGAGGGACGUUCUUUUCCUUCCUGCAGAGCAUCGUCAUAGACGGGAAGAUCAACAUCAGGGGACAAAACUCCUCCUCCAAGGUGUACACCACCUGGACUCUGACGGAGGGCAGCGCAGGCAAGCUGCAGGGCUGCAGCCUGGUGUGGACGGCUAGCAACGACCUGGACGAAGUGCAGACGGUCCUGAUGAGAGGGUCCAGCUGGCAGUUCGAGGGAUGCAGGCUCUUCUGCGGGGGGGAUUGCGCGCUCAGAGUUGAGAACGGCGAGCUUGCCAGUUCGAACCCCGUUCCUGACUGUGUCGUGCUGGACAGCAUCAAGACCAUGCUGUCUCACAAGCCAUCGGUGGUGUCCCUCGUAGACUGCGAGAUCGGAGGGCUCGACGACGACAACAUGAACGUCAAGGAGAAGAACACACUGCACGCGUUCGCCUACUCCGGGAUCAACCUGAGGGACGACAGCGAGUGCGUGAUGCAGAGAAGCAGGAUACGGGGGAUGGAGGGGUUCGCUGUCAGGCUGGAGGACUUCAGCGGUCUGCACAUGGCGAACUGCGAGAUUACCAAGAGCCCCGUCGGCAUCCUGGCUCGGGACUCUUGCAAGCUCCUGCUAGACGGCUGCACUCUGCAGAACAUGAGCUUCGGAGGAGCGCUCGUCUGCUCCUCCUCUGCAGAGGCACUUUGCUCUACACUGCCGCUGUUCUCCUCCUGA